AUGGCUUCAGAGGAAAAGUGCACAGAAACAAACCAAGUUGAUUGUUAUGAGGAAAAGUCACAGUCAAGGUGGAAUGAAGUAGUAAAAGAUGUUGUUACUGCCAUAGACACCAUCACCUCAUCUCAGUUCAUAAAGGACAAUGAAACUAUAACCUCCAGUGGUGGCAACUUCACCUUGGGGUUCUUCACCCCUCAAAAUUCUACAAACCGUUAUGUGGGAAUUUGGUGGCAGCCCAAAUUCACGGUCAUAUGGGUAGCUAACAGAAACCAACCAUUGAAUGAUUCUUCUGGAGUUGUUACCAUAGCCAAAGAUGGCAAUCUUGUGGUGUUGAAUGGUCAGAAUCACGAGAUUUGGUCAUCACAUGUGUCCACUGUUGGAUCCAACUGUACUUCCAAACUCUUAGAUUCUGGGAAUCUUGUGCUUCGGGAAAGCACAUCAGGAAGAACCAUAUGGGAGAGUUUCCAGCAUCCUUCAAAUGUAUUGUUACCCGAUAUGAAGAUUACAACUAACAAAGUAACAGGUGAGAAAGUAAAACUAACAUCAUGGAAAAGCCCUUCUGAUCCAUCCACUGGUAGCUUUUCUGUAAGUGUUGAACGCCUCAGUAUACCUGAAUUGUUCAUCUGGAAUGAAACUCGCCCAUUCUGGCGCACUGGUCCGUGGAACGGUAAGACCUUUACGGGGGUGCCCAACAUGAAAUCGUAUUAUCUUAGAGGGAUACAUGUUGGAGAUGACGGGGAAGGAAAUAUUGAAUUCCAUUUCACGGAAGUAGAAGAGAUUGACUUCACAAUCAAUGUUCUGAAUUCAACAGGCAAUUAUGAAGAGAGAUUAUGGAAUGGAGAGAAGAAAGAAUGGGUAGUCACAUGGAAUAGUAGUCAAUUUGAGUGUGAUGUUUAUGGUGUAUGUGGACCUUUUGCAAUUUGUAAUUCUCAAAGCUCACCAACAUGCAGAUGUUUGAAAGGGUUCGAGCCGAGGAACAACGAGGAAUGGAAUAGAAAUAACUGGACUAGUGGAUGCGUUAGGAGAACACCUCUGCAGUGUGGAAGAGCCAGCAACCAAAACGAAAGUACAGAUUAUACAGAAGAUGGUUUUUUGGAACUGAAGAUGGUCAAAGUUCCAGAUUUUGCAGAUGGGUCAUCCAUCAGACUUCAACCAGACGUGCAGAAGCCGAUGUUUGGAGAAUUAUUUAUGUAUGUUGUUUCUCCUCUUCCUAAUUUGUGCCACUGUAAUAAAUUAGUAGAGAUCAUCAAAAGAUUCCUUCAAUCUAAUGGAGAUGGAGCAUCUGCAGAUUAUACAAAUGACAAUGUAUUUGGUGAUCUAUCGCAAGUCAAACUCCAGGAGCUUUUAAUAUUUAGUUUUGAAAAGCUUGUAACUGCCACAAACAACUUUCACCUAUCGAACAUACUUGGAAAGGGCGGUUUUGGUCCAGUAUACAAGGGACAAUUGGACGAUGGUAGGGAAAUUGCAGUUAAAAGGCUUUCCAGGGCAUCUGGACAAGGUCUAGAAGAAUUCAUGAAUGAAGUAGUCGUGAUUUCCAAGCUUCAACACCGCAAUCUUGUAAGACUUCUUGGUUGCUGUAUUGAAAAGGAGGAAAAGAUGUUGAUUUAUGAGUACAUGCCAAACAAAAGUUUGGAUAAAUAUAUCUUUGGUUAG